UUGGUUGGUAUGUGUGCUCUGCGGCGGUCCGUUACCUCGGCAGACCGACAACCUCCUCCGGCGAGCGGAUCAGUGAGCUCCUGCCUAUUUUUAGGAGUUUUGUCCAAUGGGGGGAAACGAGCGCGCCUGAAGAAACUGCUAAGGAAAGUUUCAUCUCCGCUGCGAUGAGCGCCCGCGACGCCGCGAAGUGACGGGAAAAAAAAACAACGCAGGCAGCACACGUCCUUUUGUUCCAGCCCAGCCGAACUUGAAGUCAGAAAAACGCAGCGGGCCCCCCUUUUUUUGGAGAAGUUUCCCCACAGCAGCGCCAUGGCUGCCCAGUGCUGUGACAGCCUGAGCGGAUACUUGCAGCAGCAGCAGCAGCAGCAGUCGGACCACGGCUCCAACAGCGAGCGCAGCACCGACUCUCCUCUCCCCGGGUCCGAGGAGGACCUCUGCGGUCCACACCCGCUGCCCGACCCGGAGUGGACCGAGGAGAGGUUUCGGGUGGACCGCAAGAAGCUGGAAAUCAUGUUGCUAGCUGCCUCGGAGGGGAGAGUCAACGGUGGGGAGGAUUUCUUUCAGAAGAUCAUGGAUGAGACCCAAACGCAGAUAGCCUGGCCUUCCAAGCUCAAAAUCGGAGCCAAGUCCAAAAAAGAUCCACACAUCAAAGUCUGUGGCAAGAGGGACAACGUGAGAGAAGCCAAAGACAGAAUAAUGUCCGUCCUUGACACAAAGAGUAACAGGGUAACUCUGAAGAUGGACGUCUCCCACACGGAGCACUCCCACGUUAUUGGCAAGGGUGGCAACAACAUCAAGAGGGUGAUGGAGGAGACGGGCUGCCACAUCCAUUUCCCAGACUCUAACAGGAACAACCAGGCAGAGAAAAGCAAUCAGGUGUCCAUCGCGGGGCAGCCAGGAGGAGUGGAGGCAGCUCGUGUAAAAAUAAGGGAGCUGCUGCCUCUCGUGCUGUCAUUCGAGCUUCCGGCCAUCAUGCAGUCAGAUCCGAGCUCCCCCACAGUGCAGCACAUCUCACAGACCUACAACCUCACCGUUUCCUUUAAACCCCCAACGCGCCUCUACAGGGCCACUGGCGUCGUUCGUGGCUCGCAGAAUAAUGCCAAUGCAGUCAAGAGAGGCACAGCUCUGCUGCUGGAACACCUGGCUGGCAGUCUGGCGAGCACCAUCUCCGUCACCACCCACCUGGACAUCGCUCCCCAACACCACCUCUUCAUGAAGGGACGCAACGGCAGCAACAUCAAGCACAUCACCCAGAGGACGGGAGCGCAGAUCCACUUCCCCGACCCCAACAGCCCCCAGAAGAAGUCCACCGUCUACAUUCAGGGCACCAUUGAAUCCGUCUGUCUCGCACGGCAGUAUCUCAUGGGCUGCUUGCCUCUGGUGUUAAUGUUUGACAUCAAAGAGGACAUCGAGGUGGAGCCCCACUGUAUCACAGCGCUAAUGGAGCAGCUGGACGUUUUUAUCAGCAUCAAACCCAAGCCAAAGCAGCCCAGCAAGUCGGUGAUUGUGAAGAGCGUGGAAAGGAAUGCAGUCAACAUGUAUGAAGCUCGAAAAUUCCUCCUGGGUCUUGAGAGCAACGGCGUGUCUUCCUCGCCGGCCGUGGCACUGAAUCCCACCACAAAUGGUCCGUCCCCUUCCCUCAUCUGCCCCGUUGGCCUGGACAUCCUGGCCUCAGCUGGCCUGGGGCUGAGUAAUCUGGGCUUCCUGGGUGCAACGGCGCCUCACUCCCUCACCAGCUCGGGUCCCCCGAACGCCGUGCUGAACAGCUUAAACUCCUCUCUGAGCCCUCUGCAGACGCCCAGCCCCAGCACUCCCACACCUCCUCCCUCCCUCUGGCCCAGCUCACUCACCAGCGCACAGAGCUUCACGUCUCAGCUGAUGCUUCAUCCGGCCACUCAGGCCACGCUGAGCAGCAUCCUGCUGUCGGGUGUGCAGGGUUACACACACAGCACGCCGUCUCCCCCGCCAGGCCUCGCCCCCAUAGACAAGCAGCCAAACGGGGUCCCGGACUGCGCUCUCAACGGACACGUCAAGCAUCCCGGCUCGGUCUACGGGAGGCUAGCUACGGCAGCACUUGCAGAAACCGUUUUGAGUCCAGCCCCGUGUGACUCAGCUCAGGAAGCCAGCGGACGCAAUCCAUCAGAACCGCUAUCGAGCAAGUCCAACCCAGAUGAAGGCUCUGAUACAUUUGUGGAAGUGGGCAUGCCAAGAAGCCCCUCUCACUCGGCUAAUGGGAGCGAGCUGAAACAGAUGCUGGCUUCGUGUAAGACGCCAUCAGGGAAACGGCAGGCUGUGGAGCUCCUGCAGGGCACCAAGAAUUCCCAUCUGCACUCUGACUGUCUCCUGUCGGACGCCGAGUCCAGCUCGUCAGACAGUCCCGUAGCAGAUAAGAGGGCGCCCGGCAGCGAGCGGGCGGCCGAACGGGCAGCACAGCUGAAUGAGAGGGAGCGGAUCAGACUGGGGCCACAAACGUCCUUCGCCAACAUGCAGGCAUUUGAUUAUGAGCAGAAAAAGCUGUUGGCAACUAAAGCUAUGUUGAAGAAGCCCGUGGUGACGGAGGUCCGGACCCCCACCAACACUUGGAGUGGUCUGGGCUUUUCAAAGUCCAUGCCAGCUGAGACAAUCAAGGAGCUGCGGAGAGCCAAUCACGUCUCCUAUAAACCCAGCAUGAGCACCACAUACGAGGGUUCCCCGCUGUCCUUGUCUCGAGCCGGCAGCCGGGAAGGUAUUGGGAGCGGAAGCGACUCAGACAACUGGAGGGAGAGGAACGGUGCCGGUCCGGGCCUGCCAAAUCACGCCGACUUCCCCUCCGCAGUCAGCAGUCCGAAGAGGAAGCAGAACAAAUCUGGUCUCUGUUUAUCUUUAAUUCUUGGACACGUAGCUGUAGAGCAUUACCUCAGCAGCAGCAACUACAUGGACUCCAUCUCCUCGGUCACCGGCAGCAACGGCUGCAGCCUGAACUCGUCCCUGAAAGGUUCGGACCUGCCCGAACUCUUCAGCAAGCUGGGCUUGGGGAAGUACACCGAUGUCUUCCAGCAGCAAGAGAUCGACCUCCAGACAUUCCUGACUCUUACCGACCAGGAUCUUAAGGAACUGGGCAUCACCACCUUUGGUGCCCGCAGGAAAAUGCUGCUCGCCAUUUCAGAACUAAACAAGAACCGGAGGAAACUUUUUGAGCCACCCAUCAGAUCAUCCUUCCUGGAAGGGGGAGCGAGCGGACGCCUCUCCCGCCAGUUCCACUCCGACAUGGCCAGCGUCAGCGGGCGGUGGUAAACUCCCGCAGACCUCCGGGCCAUCCUUAAACCGUCCAUGGACACCAGCCUCCAGCGUCUUUCAGUGGUGCCCAAGCUUUUCAGCUUCGGCUGGAUGAAGACUGUUCUCAAAGUUAUAUUGCUAGACAUUAGAAGAACAAGGAGAAAGAAAACGACAUGUGUAUAUGUUAAAAAGCCAUAGUUUUACCUAAAGUGCCAACUAGAAAAAGGGAUUUCUCAGAUGCAUAAAGUUCAGUGUUGACUCCUUGUAGAACUGUUGAGUCUAUGUGGAGCAUUUCUAUUUGAAGGGUAGUUUUAUGGUUCUGAAGAAGGGUACUGUCCAGUAUUUCUGUCCACUUUUUGUACAAGGGAACAGGCAGAAUGAUUAGUACAAUCAUUUAAUAGAUUGAUACUACCUGCAUUCGUAUUAUGCUAUUGUAUCAGUGACAUGCACUUUAAUAAUACUAGAUUUUUGCCUGUGAGAGCCGAACACCUUAGACUGAAGUAAGAGUAGCUUUUAUUUCCUUUUUUUUGGGGGGGGAGACUAAAAGCACAGAUGCAUUUUGUACCAAACCAAAAGUAAGCACUUACCUAGUAAGAUUAUGCUGCCACCAGAUGAAGUAUAAAAUAGGUUCAUUGUUUUGACUCGAUCAACUUUAACACUUAAACCAAAGGAAAGUUAUCAAUGUGGCCUUUGACCUUUAGCUGCCUGCAGUGUCUUAAGUGGUGGAUGCCCCCCCCCAAAAGGUCAGUGUUUGUGUUCAACAGCAGUUUCUCUGUGUAUAUCUAGACAAAACAAACAAAAAAGUAAUAAUGAUAUUUUGUACUCAUUAUGCAUUAUGAUUUUAUGUUUAGUUUUUAUUACUAUUUUAGGCAAAUGAGUGGAAUGUUUAUUGGUAAUCAGUUUACAUAUGUAUUAUUAUUUUUUAUAUAUAUAUAUAUAUAUGUUGAAUGAGUUUCUAUAAUUUUUGUAAUUAAGUUCCAAGUAGGAGUCUUUUACUUUCUUCUGCCCCUCAAUCUGUGGAGCCAUGAUAUGGCUGUGCCAUAUGACGGCAGCAGAGACGCCAGGCAGGCUCGGCGAAGCCUUCCAGGCCUCUCUGGUUGUGUCAACAGGCGACUUUCUGUGGUUUUCUUUCUUUCUUUUCUUCUUUUUUUUCAGUUCUGCAUGGCGUCUUUAUAUCUAGUUGUUUUUUUUUCUUCCUUUUUUCAUUAAUGGCCACUUUCCAUGUGCCUUAGGCCUCCCGGAGUACUCUCGCGUGUAUCUGGGCUGUAAGAUACUAUACCAAGGGUUCAGUGACACUUUUUCUUUCUUCCUCACCUGCAGUUUGUAUUCAGAGCAAGGAAAGACCUCAGAGCAGAACAAAGCCAUGCUUUUUGUAGCAUAAAGUGCCAGUGUACAUAACUCCCCUUUCAGCGGGGGGAUAUUUUGCUAAGAGCACCAAUAUCUGAACCUUACUUCCCUUUCAAGACAGGAUGCAUCACACAAAGAGCCAAUAUAUUCAGGGCCAAUUUAGUCUCAUAUGGGAAUUUUUCUAAGACAAAAAUAAGGAACCAAAGUUACUAAGAGGGCUGAGAUUGAAGAUAAAAACAAAACUGGAUGUUUCAGCUAUCGGUUAUGCAAUCUAAUAUCCCAAAAACCAAGUUAAGCUGUGUUUAAUAAAGUAACAGGAUUACCGGCAUGCACGCUGCAGUGUUUAUCAUCAGAGCUUUUGCUUGUUUUGAACUCCUGUCAUGUUCAGUCACGUGUUUUAAAGGGAAAACGGUCUUUGUCACUAACUCUGGAUACCACGUUGAUUUUGUGUGCGUUUGACAUUCUUAAAAUAUGUCAGAUUUACUUUACAAAGCCAACCAACUUUCCAGUGUCUUGCAUAUUUUCUAGUGCAAUUAGGUGCUUUAUUCCGGCACAUCGAAACGAAGGAUGGGGAAUUUUAGUUAAAACGUGUACAGUUCUUAAAAUCCAGAAGCUAUGUAGGGACGUGACAUCACCGCACAUUUAAUUAUGAUGGAAAGUAACAGCAGCUGUUAUAAAAGUUCAUCUUUUGUCAUCUCUCUUUUUCAUAAUGAUUUGCUACAAGGGGAUUUUUACUUUCUUUUCAAUUUUUUAAUCAUUUUCCAGCACUCCCUUCCAUCUGAUUUCAGCCAUUUUCAAUGUGGUUGUCAAGUUAGUAACACUAUGUUAAAUAAUAUUCUGACAUGGUUGCUGAUGCAGACCAGGUAAUUAUUUUUUUUUCCUUUUUAGUCUUAAGACAUGAUGAAGAGGGGUAAAGCUAAUAUAGAGUGGGCUUCUUUGUUCUGAGAGGAAACCUGGGGCCAUUUCGCCCCCACUCAUCAUGGUACUACAUUGAAACUGUUGAGCACUGAUUCUCCCAGUGCUGUGACUCGUGUUCCUGCCUAGCAGACAUUUGUUUUCAUCCUUCAUGUUGUUUAAAUGUGUUUGCUCGGAGGGCAGCAGAGGUUCUUGUCUUAUCAAGUGAAUGUUAUUUAGAAAAUUAUUGAUGCAUGUUAUUGCAGCUUGAUUAUGGAUCAGUCAAGGGACUCGCCAAGUCAAAAAGUUUACUGCCAGCUUGUCUUGUCUUUGCCCUUUAUAGAUUAGUUUCACAAUUGUCUUUGUUCAUUGUAUUAAUUGUAUUGUUUUUUCCAGGAAGGGAUGUAUCUGAAGGAAUAUUUGUACUGCAAUCAAAUGGUACAUUUAUAGUAAAUGUAAACCACUACAGAAAUGAUGUGUUGCUUAACUUUUGUACAUCUCUUUCCUCUUAUACAACCAUUGUUCCUGUAUGAGAAGAAGGUACAAUUCUGCACAAAGUUCUAGAUGAGAAUUUGUGUGAAAACAAUGCCAUGAGGCCCAAGCCCCUGUUCACUGUGGCAUCUGUUGAUGCUCGUCUUGUUCUGACUGUAUUGUAGUACAGAUGUAAACAGGACACUUGUUAGGAAAAACGGUCAAGCAGGCAAAAAAAGAAAAA